AGGAUUAUUUGACAAUUCUCAAUUAUGGAAGAUCCAGUCAUAAAUGAUGUUCAUCAUGACUUUGAUGCAGGGAAAAUUGAUGCUCCUACUCCAGGAAAAGCAAGUCCCUCAGGUAAAAUUACUGCUGAGAAAGUUAUUUCUCCAGAAGAAAUUGCAACUCCUGUAUUUGGUUCAGAUGCCAUACCUCUUUUGAAGCCUUCUUAUUCUGAAACUCUAAUAGGGCCAGGAAAGAAACUUGCUACUCCUGGAAAAGCUAGUCCACCAGAGAAAAUUGCUAUUCCUACUACUUCUGAAAAAGCCAUGCCUCCUAAGGAAAUUGCAGCACCCGUAUUUGGUCCAAAUGACAAACCUCUUUUCAAGCUUUUUGAAACUGAAACUCUAACAGGACCAGAAAGGAAAAUUGCUGCUCCUAGAAUAGCUAGUCCCCUCGAGGAAAUUUGGAGUCCUGUAUUUGGUCCAGAUCCUAAAGCUCUUUUAAAGCCUUUUAAAACAGAAAGUGUUAAAGGACCAGAAAAGAAAAUUGCUGCUAUUGAAAAAACGAGUUCUCCAGAGAAAAUGUCUGCCUCUGAAAAAGCUAGUCCUACAAAGGAAAUUGUAGCACCAGAUGCCAAACCUCUUUCGAAGCCUUCUGAAACUGUAAAAGGGCCAGAAAAGAAAAUUGCUGCUCCUGAAAAAGCUAGUCCUAUAAAGGAAAGUGUAGCCCCAGAUGCCAAACCUCUUUCGAAGCCUUUACAACCUGAGGCACUAAAAGGGCCAGAAAAGAAAAUUGCUGCUAUUGAAAAAACGAGUUCUCCAGAGAAAAUGUCUGCCCCUGAAAAAGCUAGUCCUACAAAGGAAAUUGUAGCACCAGAUGCCAAACCUCUUUCGAAGCCUUCUGAAACUGUAAAAGGGCCAGAAAAUAAAAUUGCUGCUCCUGAAAAAGCUAGUCCUACAAAGGAAAGUGUAGCCCCAGAUGCCAAACCUCUUUCGAAGCCUUUACAACCUGAAACACUAAAAGGGCCAGAAAAGAAAAUUGCUGCUAUUGAAAAAACGAGUUCUCCAGAGAAAAUUGCUGCCAUCGAAAAAGCGAGUCCUACAAAGGAAAGUGUAGCCCCAGAUGCCAAACCUCUUUCGAAGCCUUCUGAAAAUGUAAAAGGGCCAGAAAAUAAAAUUGCUGCUCCUGAAAAAGCUAGUCCUAUAAAGGAAAGUGUAGCCCCAGAUGCCAAACCUCUUUCGAAGCCUUUACAACCUGAAACACUAAAAGGGCCAGAAAAGAAAAUUGCUGCUAUUGAAAAAACGAGUUCUCCAGAGAAAAUUGCUGCCAUCGAAAAAGCGAUUCUUACAAAGGAAAGUGUAGCCCCAGAUGCCAAACCUCUUUCGAAGCCUUCUGAAAAUGUAAAAGGGCCAGAAAAUAAAAUUGCUGCUCCUGAAAAAGCUAGUCCUAUAAAAGAAAGUGUAGCCCCAGAUGCCAAACCUCUUUCGAAGCCUUUACAACCUGAAACACUAAAAGGGCCAGAAAAGAAAAUUGCUGCUAUUGAAAAAACGAGUUCUCCAGAAAAAAUUGCUGCCAUCGAAAAAGCGAGUCCUACAAAGGAAAGUGUAGCCCCAGAUGCCAAACCUCUUUCGAAGCCUUCUGAAAAUGUAAAAGGGCCAGAAAAUAAAAUUGCUGCUCCUGAAAAAGCUAGUCCUAUAAAGGAAAGUGUAGCCCCAUAUGCCAAACCUCUUUCGAAGCCUUUAAAACCUGAGGCACUAAAAGGGCCAGAAAAUUUGCCCAAAGUUGAGGACGCUCCCGACAGUCAAGAGGGUGCAGCAUCAACAAGUAGUUCUGAUGAACCUAAUGAUCUCUCACCUAAUGACCACGUUCCAGAUAGUCCUGGUGAUGAUAAACACGAAGAACUUGAACCAGACAUCGCAUGUAAUGACCAAGCGGCUGACAGCCCUGAUGACCAUGGUCCAGACAGCCCUGUUGAUGAUGCACCAGACAGUCCUGUUGAGACUAACGAUGUUGAUGUCCAUCUUGAACGAGAAAGCACCAUGUCCGAGGAAGAUGCUGCUGAUGCCAUGGAUAGGCAAGUAUCUGAUCCCGUGUAUAUGCAAGAUGAUGACCUCGAACCUGAGCAGGCAGAACAUGAAGCUGAAGAUAAAAACGCUGUGCCUCAAGAGGAAGAUAACGUAAAUGAUAAAGUGCAAACUCAGCUUAGCUUUGAGAGCUCCAACCAAGAUGAAACUGACCCUGAAGAGGCAGAUAGUCCCAUGGAGGCCAACUCCUUCGACCAGAUUGGUUCUGAGGAAUCCAAGGAACCUGCUCCUGAAAUAGUAAGUCCUCCUGAGGAUAUCGCAGCUCCUGAAAACGCUGGUCCUCCCAAAGAAAUUGCCGCUCCGGUAGUUGUUUCAGGUGCCGAACCUCUUUCUAAGCCUAUUGAAACUCAGACUGUGAAGGGGCCAGAAAAGUCUGAAAAGAUAAAGGAGUUGGAAGACAAGAUCUCUCAACUUGAAUGUUCGUUGAAGAGUAAAGACGACACAAUCACAAGCCUUCAAUCGGAAGUUCAAAGACUAAACACAGAAAUUAAGAGCCGAUCUGGGUCGGUUGGAUCCAGUAUUUCAUGCUCUGAGCCGAACUCCAAGCCAAACUCAGUUCCCUCAAAGAAGCCCGCAAGUGCUAUUUCUGAUCCCAAGUCCAAAUCGGUUGGAGCUAAGAAGACCAGACCUGCAUCCGCUGCUAGAGCCGUCGCUAAACCUUCCCCUGUGUCCAAUGGUGUUGCUAAGAAACCAGCCGGAAGUCCCACCAAGAAACCCGGAAGUGCUACUACCCGUGCCAGACCAGUCAGUGCUGCCCCGAAAGCAGCACCCGGUGGCAAAUCAUCGGUCGGCAAAAAAUUUUCCCCCCGUAGGGCCGGAAAAGGAGGAAACAGAGUAGAGAUGACGAAGGGACUCGAUGGAGCAAACGGACGGAAAAAUCUAAGCUGGGUCGACUUGGGUACCAUGGGGGAAAAGGAGCACGCAGUGAAGUUAAUGCUCCGAGGACGUGGGAUUGUCUGCUAUCCCCCAACUGAUUUCUCCCUGGACGGAAUCAGCUCGGAGAAGCCGGAUGAGACUCUGAAGAUUAACUGGGUUUAUGGUUACCGGGGCCGAGACAGUCAGGAUAAUAUCUACUCCCUGCCUAGCAACGAGUUGCUCUACUACCAAGCAGCUGUAGGAGUAAUCUACAACCCGGCUACCAAGACCCAGCGCUUCUACCAGGGCCACAACGAUGAUAUCAAGAGUAUCGCCCUGAACCCAGCUAACCCCAGUAUUGUAGCUACGGGGCAAGCAGCUGGACACGACGAGAAGGAGGGCGAUCCCCACGUCAGAGUGUGGAACUGCGAAACAUUCGAGACACUCGCUGUACUGGGACUCGGAAACUUACAGAGAGGAGUUGGCUCCGUGUCCUUCAGCCCCGACGGCAGUAAAGUGCUGGCUGUAGACGAAGGUAACGACCAUACCAUCUUUAUCUACGACAUCAAGAAAAAAGUUUCUGUCGCCAGCCAGAAGGGACACCAAGAUCCAGUGCUGGGAGCGGAGUACAUACCAGGCCAGAACAACAAGUUUAUCACGUACGGUAAAGGACACAUAAUCUUCUGGGAACAAGAUGGCAAUAAACUCGUCAAGAAAUCUGGGCUUUUUGAGAAACACCCCAAACCGCGUUUUAUCACCGCUCUGGCAUUCACUGCCGCAGGAGAGCCAAUAACAGGAGAUAGUAACGGAAAUCUCUUCCUCUGGAAUCCUAAUGAGAGGAAGAUAAGCAAGCAGAAAGUCGGUGCUCAUGAGGGAUCUGUUUACUCUGUCGCAGUGAAAGGGGACGAAAUCUACACCGGUGGUCAGGACUGCAAAGUCAAGAAAUUCAGCUGUAGCGACCUUGCGGAGGUAGAUUCUUGGCAGCUGGACUCCGCUACCCAUGGGCGAGUGAGAGCCAUUGCGUUUGUUGGCGAAGAUCUGGCUGUCGGCACCUACAAUAACGGCAUGUUGUACGGAAAGUUCGGCGAUGCUCCUGAGCAGAUCAUUUAUGGUCAUGGAGCAGGAGACUUGUGGGGAGGAGCGAACCACCCACUGGAGAACUCAUUCGCUACAGUAGGUCAGGACAAGGUCGUGUACAUCUGGGAUGCAGAAAGCCACACUCCCAAACAAGUGUUCAAAGUUGAGAAACCUGCCCAAGCUUGCUGCUUCUCUCCUGAUGGAAGUGUGUUAGCUGUUGCCAGUACAACAGGGGAAUGGUGGGUUUUGGACAGCAAGAACGGCCUCGUUCUCUCCUCCUACAAAUCCGGACCGGAACAGAUUGAUGCUAUGAGCUAUAGUCCAGAUGGGAAGAGCAUAGCAGUUGGGUCACACGACAACUACGUGUACCUGUUUGAGUGCGGCGACAUAAGGGCGGAGUACAAGGCCAUCGGAAAGUGUGCCGGACACUCCUCCUUCAUCACUCAUCUUGACUUUUCUGAUGACGGAAAGGUACUGCAGACAACGUCCGGUGAUUACGAGCACCUGUUUUGGGAUGCUACAAGUGGGGACCAAAUCACCAGCACGAAGGACAUGAGAGACGUGAACAUGUCCAGCUACACUUGUACUCUCGGCUUCCCCGUCUGUGGAAUUUGGCCGGUUGGAUACGAUGGUACGGAUAUCAAUGCUUUGUGUAGAUCCCACAACGACAAGCUGGUUGUUACUGCUGACGAUUUCGGUCUCGUCAACCUCUUUAGAUUCCCCUGCUGCAACCCCACGGCUGAGUGGUCGAGUUUCCGUGGUCACAGUGCUCACGUGACUAAAGUUCGUUUCCUCCUCGGAGACAAGGAGAUAUUCUCACUCGGAGGUCGAGACCAGUCCAUCAUUCAGUGGGGAGUGUGCUGAGACAUUUAACCGAGCCCCCACCGUUACUCCCGGAACUUAUUAUAAGUGUUGCGCCCAUUAUAUUAUAUAUCAACGUGUGUGUGUUUUAGUUGUAGUCAAUUUGUUAGAUGGUUGAGCCGCCGGGACAAGGUGCCUUUAUAGAUAUUAUAUUAUCUGCUCAGCUUCUUUCUUGCAAUACUUUCUUUAUUUUUAUGUUAAUUUUUAUUUAAAUUACACUACAUUUUUGUUAGUUGAAGAAAGUACGAAUUUACAUCUAAUUCUAUUUUGAUAACAUUUACUUUAAUACGAUUGUGAAUUUCGGCAAAAUGUCGCGGCUGCAGCAAAUUGUCGAGCUUUGGGAACGAGAUCAAGCAUUGACGGAUGAUACGCGUCCAAACGGACAGGGAGCUGACGCAGCUUGCACGUUAUUAACGGACAUCACGCCCCGUGAAGUGGAAUUGAUAUUUGUUUUAUUUGUUUGCUCACGUGUACUGGCUGAAUCAUAAAAUUUUAUACAACAACGAAA